CAGGGUUGUGUGAGGAUACGGUUGUGCGUAUGUGAUAAAUCUCAAAAUAUUCGACAUUUAGAUCUAGAAAUUGACAAAGGCUUGUUUAUUUCGGAAGAGAAAAUACAGAUAAAGAAAUUGCAAUAUAUCGGAAAAGACUAUCGCAGUUAAAGUUGAAAAGUGAUGAAACUAUAAUUAUUUGAGGGGAAAACUUAGUGAGGUGUCAGUGUUCAAACGAGUGAAACAAAUUAACCAAACAAAUGUGAUACUUAGAAUUAAAUAAACAAAAAGAUACAUAAUAAAACACACACACACACGGAAAAUCUACAAGUGUUAAGAAUUUUGAUAUAGGGGAAUUGCGAUUUGUCUGCAUCUGUGUGGCUAUACCAUCAGGUAGAAACCAAUUCAUGUUUACUCUUAGAGCGAAGCAAAGAACGCUAUGGUCCCGCGCAUUACCAAGAGACGCCUUGCCUGUUCGUUAUCCCUGUUGCUGUUCCUGUCACUGUAUAUGUCGCAGGGAGAAGAGAGUGACAGUCCAAACGACGGCCGUUUGGAGAAGCGACGUCAGCUGCCUAUGAAGAAGGAUCGGAAUGAUCUGAUUGAAUCAGUUACACUGCCGGACAGAUGGAACAUAUCAGAGGCACACUUGGAGGAGCUGAAUGCAAGACGCCAACACGUGCAAGAGACCUGCAGGAAACUUGGUCUCGAUCAACCAUCACAGACCAAUAAACUCAACGCGUGGGAAUUCCUGUAUAACAAGGAGUACAACCUCUUAUGGUGUAACGUGUUCAAGGCGGCUUCGUCUACGUGGUUCUGGAAUUUCAACAUUCUCGCUGGUUACACGGAGAAGCAACUCAUCACGGCUACAGUCGCGCCUGUCGAAAUGGCGAGAAAGCGUUAUCCCAGACCUACCAUCGGUGAAGUCCAAGAAAUAAUGGCAAGCAAUCCUCCACCCAUCUCCUUCAUGAUUACUAAACAUCCUUUCAUACGCCUCGUUUCAGCUUACCGAAACAAGAUUCUUGCCGGAAAUGCUAUAUAUACUCCCCUCUUCAAGACAAUAUACAGAAAAUACAAACACUUAGGUCCUCCGGUGCCCAGACGAAUGAAGGACGGAAGUCUUGCGGGCACAGGCAUCUCUCCUUCUUUCAACCAGUUCGUACAGUAUAUAUUAGACAAGGAGGCGAACGGGAAGACCCUAGAUAUGCACUGGAUUCCACAGACUAGGUUUUGCACUCCCUGUCUUGCGAAUUUCAGCAUUUAUGCCAAGACGGAGACAUUAAACGAAGACGGAAACUAUAUCAUCUUUACCUCAGGGAUUAACAACGUGAUUAAACCGAAGACAGUCAACCGGUCAGUUGGCGUUCCAACAUCCCAGGUGGCGCUCACGUACAUUUGCCAGCUCUCGCAACAGCAGUUUGACGACCUGGUUAGGCUGUACCAGUACGACCUACAGUUGUUCCUGUACGACGUGGAACAAUUUAGGAACUGUGCCACGUAGCGAUGGCGUGUUUGUGUGAGUCCAUCCUUGGAUUUGGGAAGGGCCGGAGUGUGAAGGAAGAAAAGGUGUUUCGUUAUAUUUUUUUAGGAAGUGGGGGAAUAUGCGUUAUAUAUUUCAUUAUAAGAAAAUAUCAUUAUUAUUGUAUAUACCGUGUAUGUGCGAAAAAAAAAACUAUAUAUAUUAGAUAUAUAUCAAAUCAUAAAUAAUCCGUUAUCAUGCGUAAGAAAUAAAGUUAAAAUCUGAAGAUUUAUUGUCUAAGAUUCAUCCCUGGAACAAAACUGCAGCAGAAAUCUUUCCAGUGAAAUAAGGGCUAAUAUCCCGUAGAAUUAAAAAUCGGGGUGUUAUAUAUCUGAUCCUCUUAUUUCCCUAUUAUUUACUUCCAGAGUAUAAUUUAAACACACACAUACAGGAAUUAUAUAUAUAUAUUUAAAUUAACCCACGCCUUAUCAUCAUUGAAAAAGAACAGUGAUUCAAAACUUUAGUAACGACAAGAAAAACAAAAAUAUAUAUAUACAUAUUUGGAACGCGAAAGAUCGUUAAGCCAGCAAGGUAGAUUUUAGAAAGAUGUACACUCCUCCAGCCAUCACAACAUUUAGUAAGUCGGUGAUAAUGGUAUCCUUAAAGAAUCAGUUGCUGGAAUUCCGGUGUAAACAAAAAUACAUUUUAAAAAUGACAAGAUCAAAUGCAAAUGGAAAUUUUAAAAAAAUAGAAACCUUUAUAGCGACGAUGUCUUUGAUAAUACGACAUAUGUCAGAUGAGCUUUGUUAAAUGGUUGUUCAUAUGAAAAGCUGUUGAACAUCAUUAUAUUUGUAUGCAUGUAGUCGUACAGUACAUGUCUCACUUAUUUUUAUUUAUUUAUUAAUCUUUUUUUAAUCUUUUUUUGAUAAAUUAGUUUUUUCGUUCCUUCCUGCAAUAGGAUUGAAUUUGCCCGAUUGUUUACAUAGAGUUACAUAUGUCUAACUGCACUAAAGGCUCACUCUCAUCACGAAAGGUCAGCUGGUUUUGCACCAAAUACAGGGCCAGGAUUAUGACAGGUCGUUAUGUCACAUAAAUAUUUAUUUUCGCUGUACAUAUAGAUAUAUACAAUAAAUAUUGUCACAGUCUUA